CUCCUCCGCCGCCGCCGCCGCUUCCCUCAUGAGUGCGGCCGCAGGACGAUGCACGAAGACAUCAAGACCAAGAACAUGUUUCUGACGCGAGCGCUCGAGAAGAUCCUGACCGACAAGGAGGUGAAGAAAAGUCACCACAGCCAACUCCGCAAAGCCUGUGAGGUGGCGCUCGAGGAAAUAAAAGCUGAAAUAGAAAAACAAAGAAUUGGAGACAAAAAUGUGGUUUCUGAAACACCAAAGGCGAACUUCAUUGAGGCGGAUAAGUACUUCCUUCCUUUUGAGUUGGCUUGUCAAUCAAAAUCACCCAGGAUAAUUAGCACAUCGUUGGACUGCUUGCAGAAACUAAUAGCGUAUGGGCACAUCACGGGAAAUGCUCCUGACAGCACAAAAACUGGAAAAAGGCUAAUUGAUAGGAUAAUGGAGACCAUUUGUGGCUGUUUUCAAGGACCUCAGACAGAUGAGGGAGUACAACUGCAGAUAAUUAAGGCACUGCUCACUGCAGUGACUUCCACUCACAUUGAAAUCCACGAAGGAACAAUCUUACAGACUGUUAGGACCUGCUAUAAUAUCUACCUGGCUAGCAAAAACCUCAUCAAUCAGACUACAGCAAAAGCUACUCUCACACAGAUGCUGAAUGUCAUAUUUACAAAAAUGGAAAGCCAAGUAAUGGAGGAGGUGAAAGAUCUAGAGAAAGAGAGGCAGAGACAACAACAUCUACAACAGGACCAUCGGUCUUCUGCGACUCACAGCGCAGUAGGAUCGCCACAACUUGAUCGGCAAGAAGAACAGCAAAGCAUCCCAGUUUCAUCAGAGACGGAAGACAAUCAGUUAAAUAGUGGGCCGGACAAAACCAAAGUGGAAAUCACAGAGAUUGUAAAUGGGGCAGAAUUAGACAAUACAGAACACAAACACUCUUUACAGACUGAAGGGAAUGUGCCUGGAACAGAUGAGCAAAAUGAGAAUGCAAAAGAAAUAGUGGAACAAAUCCUAAAUGAAAUGGUGCUGACUGUGAUUGGAGAGACAAAAGAGGAAAAUGCUGAAAAUGGAACGACAGAACCUGCCGUAGAAAUUAAAGCUGAUAUUGAUCUCCCUAAAAACAUGCAAGCCAACGGAAUCCCGGAAGGGUCACUAUCACUGCCUGAUAAUUCUUCAUUAACCGAUGAUAUGCAAUCAGUAUCAUGUGGCGAUGUCCAGGAAUCUGGUGUUGUCAUACCACCUCCUAUCAAUGCUAAAUUUUCCCAUAUUCUGCAGAAGGAUGCUUUUUUGGUAUUCCGAUCACUCUGUAAGCUCUCCAUGAAGCCUUUGAGUGAUGGUCCUCCAGAUCCAAAAUCCCAUGAGCUGCGGUCAAAGAUCGUUUCUCUACAGCUGCUCUUGUCAGUUCUGCAAAGUGCUGGUCCCAUCUUCAAAACCAAUGAAAUGUUUAUCAAUGCAAUUAAGCAGUACCUUUGUGUAGCAUUGUCCAAAAAUGGUGUCUCAAGUGUGCCAGAUGUGUUUGAGCUUUCACUUGCUAUUUUUCUUACACUUCUCUCACACUUCAAGAUUCACUUAAAGAUGCAAAUUGAGGUUUUCUUCAAAGAGAUUUUCCUGAAUAUUUUAGAGACAUCUACAAGUUCCUUUGAGCACAAGUGGAUGGUCAUUCAGACUCUGACCAGGAUUUGUGCAGAUGCUCAGUGUGUAGUGGAUAUUUAUGUGAAUUAUGACUGUGAUUUAAAUGCUGCAAAUAUAUUUGAAAGACUUGUGAACGACCUGUCGAAAAUUGCCCAAGGACGGAGUGGUCAGGAAUUGGGAAUGACUCCUCUGCAGGAGCUGAGCCUCAGGAAGAAAGGACUGGAAUGUCUGGUUUCCAUCCUGAAGUGCAUGGUCGAAUGGAGUAAAGAUUUAUAUGUAAAUCCAAAUCUUCAGACCAACUUAGGUCAGGAGAAGCCAUCUGAGCAAGAUAACAGUGAAAACAAACAUGUAGAAGCUGCUCGCAGACGUGGGAGUACAAAUUCCAUGGACUCCACUGUCUCCUCUGGAGUGGGGAGCAUCAGUGUUCAGACAUCUGCUGCAGAUGAUCCUGAACAAUAUGAAGUCCUGAAACAACAGAAGGAUAUCAUAGAACAAGGAAUAGAUUUGUUCAACAAGAAACCAAAGAGAGGUGUACUAUACUUGCAAGAACAAGGAAUGUUGGGUAUAACUGCUGAAGAUAUUGCAAAGUUUUUUCACCAAGAAGGAAGAUUAGAUUCAACUCAAGUGGGUGAGUUCCUAGGAGAGAACACCAAGUUUAAUAAAGAGGUGAUGUACACUUAUGUAGACCAGAUGGAUUACUGUGAAAAGGAUUUUGUGUCAGCACUUCGUAUGUUUCUCGAGGGCUUUCGCCUUCCUGGAGAAGCACAGAAAAUUGAUCGGCUCAUGGAAAAAUUUGCUGCUAGAUAUUUGGAGUGCAAUCAAAGACAAACACUAUUUGCAAGUGCUGAUACAGCUUAUGUUCUGGCCUACUCUAUCAUAAUGCUAACAACAGAUCUUCAUAGCCCCCAGGUAAAGAACAAAAUGACUAAAGAACAGUACAUUAAAAUGAAUCGUGGGAUCAAUGACAGCAAAGAUCUACCAGAAGAAUACCUAUCAACCAUAUAUAAUGAGAUUGCAGGAAAGAAAAUUGCCAUGAAGGAGACAAAAGAACAUUCAAUUACACCGAAAUCCACCAAACCGAGCGUAGCCAGUGAGAAGCAGCGGAGACUCCUGUACAAUCUAGAGAUGGAGCAAAUGGCAAAAACUGCCAAGGCCUUGAUGGAAGCAGUGAGUCAUGCACAGGCCCCAUUUACCAGUGCAACGCAUCUUGAGCACGUCAGACCAAUGUUUAAACUAGCAUGGACACCUUUAUUAGCAGCAUUCAGUGUUGGCUUGCAAGACUGUGAUGAUCCAGAGGUGGCCUUUCUCUGUCUCGAAGGCAUUCGAUGCGCAAUUAGGAUAGCCUGCAUUUUUGGUAUGCAGAUCGAACGCGAUGCCUAUGUUCAGGCUCUUGCCCGGUUUACCUUAUUGACAGCCAGCUCUGGCAUCACAGAAAUGAAACAAAAGAACAUAGAUACUAUUAAGACUCUCAUCACUGUGGCUCACACUGAUGGCAACUACCUCGGCAAUUCCUGGCAUGAGAUCCUGAAGUGCAUUAGCCAGCUGGAGCUGGCACAACUGAUAGGGACUGGAGUUAAGACUAAAUACAUUUCAGGUUCUCUACGCUCCAAAGAAGGAUUUAUUGGAAGUUCUCCAUCGGGAGGGGAAGAAUUUCUGGGACUAGGCAAUUUUGGCAGUGUGGAUAAAAAACAAAUAGCCAGCAUUCAGGAAUCUGUAGGAGAAACCAGUUCACAGAGCGUGGUUGUUGCAGUCGAUAGAAUAUUCACUGGAUCAACACGGCUCGAUGGAAAUGCAAUUGUUGAUUUUGUACGUUGGCUGUGUGCGGUGUCUAUGGAUGAACUGGGGUCGUCUCACCAUCCUCGCAUGUUCAGUCUUCAAAAGAUCGUGGAGAUUUCGUACUACAACAUGGGUCGAAUCAGGCUUCAGUGGUCAAGAAUCUGGGAAGUAAUUGGCGACCAUUUCAAUAAGGUUGGAUGCAAUCCAAAUGAGGAUGUUGCCAUCUUUGCUGUUGAUUCUCUGAGACAGCUAUCGAUGAAAUUCUUGGAGAAAGGGGAGUUAGCAAACUUUCGGUUCCAAAAAGAUUUCUUGAGACCAUUUGAACAUAUUAUGAAAAGGAACAGAUCACCAACAAUUAAGGAUAUGGUCAUUCGGUGCAUUGCUCAGAUGGUAAAUUCACAGGCUUCAAAUAUUCGCUCAGGGUGGAAGAAUAUCUUCUCUGUGUUCCACCAGGCUGCCUCAGACCAUGAUGAGACUAUAGUGGAGUUGGCUUUCCAGACUACAGGGCACAUUAUCUUGGAUAUUUUUAAGAAGCACUUUCCCGCAGCAAUUGAUUCAUUUCAGGACGCAGUGAAAUGUUUAUCUGAGUUUGCUUGCAAUGCUGCAUUUCCUGACACCAGUAUGGAGGCUAUCCGACUCACUCGGCAUUGUGCAACCUAUGUCUCUGAGAGACCACAAGCACUAAAGGAAUAUACAAGUGAUGACAUGAAUGUAGCUGCUGGAGACAGAGUGUGGGUACGGGGGUGGUUUCCAAUUUUAUUUGAGCUUUCCUGCAUUAUCAAUAGAUGCAAAUUAGAUGUCCGCACAAGAGGACUAACUGUGAUGUUUGAAAUCAUGAAAAGCUACGGUGACACUUUUGAGAAGCACUGGUGGCAAGAUCUCUUUCGAAUUAUCUUUCGAAUAUUUGAUAACAUGAAACUCCCUGAACAGCAAACCGAAAAGGUUGAGUGGAUGACAACUACAUGUAAUCAUGCACUUUAUGCUAUUUGUGAUGUUUUUACACAAUUCUAUGAUGUUUUAAAUGAAGUACUACUGGAAGACAUAUUUGCUCAAUUACACUGGUGUGUAGAACAAGACAAUGAACAGCUGGCCCGAUCCGGAACAAAUUGUUUGGAGAAUGUAGUCAUAUUGAAUGGUCAAAAGUUCAGUCCUUUAGUCUGGGAUAAAACUUGUUGCUGCAUGCUGAACAUCUUCAAGACCACUAUUCCCAAUGUCUUGUUAACAUGGCGGCCAGUAAGUUUGGAAGAAGAGACUGGAGAGAAGACUUCGGACAUGGAUGUUGACCGUCAAUCAAUCUGUAGUACAGAGCGAAACCUCUCAGAAAAAGGUCAGAGUCAGUUCAGUCAGAUAUCAAACACGAGUGAUGAGGCACGGAAGAAUAGAUCAAAUACAAAAAUAAUUGAACAGAAGCUGUUUGCUGCCCUUCUCAUCAAGUGUGUUGUACAGUUGGAACUCAUCCAAACAAUAGACAAUAUAGUGUUCUUCCCUACAACGAGCAAAAAGGAGGAUGCUGAAACCAUGGCAGCUGCCCAGAGGGAUUCGAUAGAUGCCGAGAUUCACAUAGAUACUGAAGAUCAAGGAAUGUACCGUUACAUGACUUCUCAGCAACUCUUCAAGCUGUUGGAUUGUCUGCUGGAGUCGCACUCCUUUGCAAAGGCUUUCAAUUCAAACAAUGAACAGAGGACUACCCUCUGGAGAGCAGGGUUUAAGGGCAAAUCCAAGCCUAAUCUCUUGAAACAGGAAACAAGCAGCCUCGCCUGUUGUCUGCGGAUACUCUUCCGUAUGUACAAUGAUGACAAUCGCCAGGAUUCUUGGGACAAUAUACAACAACGACUACUGAAUGUUUGCAGCGAAGCUCUUGCUUACUUCAUCACUCUGACUUCUGAAAGUCACCGUGAAGCUUGGACUAACCUGUUAUUACUCUUCCUAACAAAGACUCUUAAAAUCAGUGAUGAAAAGUUUAAAAUCCAUGUUUCAAAGUACUAUCCAUACUUGUGCGAAAUGGUGCAGUUUGACCUGAUUCCUGAACUGCGAGCAGUUUUGCGCAAGUUCUUUCUACGUAUUGGCAUAGUGUUUCAGAUCUACAAUUCAGAGGAGCAGCCACAUGAAGAUAAUACAUAACAAAAAGUCAAAUGUCUUUCUUCAUCUCUCCAUGAAUGAAUGUCUUGGAGGUUACCCAUGUAAAGUCAAUGAAAAUAAUUAAUUCUAGAGCUAUUUUUGAAAUAUUAAUCAGGGUUUCCUGAAUAAGUGAUCUGUACUCUUCUAUAUGUAAAAGGGGUCUUUGUGAGUCACACGUCCCGAAUCCCACUGUAACUUACAAUCCCCGUUUGUAUUUUUAUUUGCUUUUAAAGAAUAUUUGCAACGGUUUCCUUUUGCACCCGCAACCAAAUUUGUUUUUCUCUUAGAAAACGAGUAAAUCAUUUCAGGGAUUCUGGGUUUCUGUACUACGUGUCUGCACUUAAGGGAAUUACACAUUCUUAAACAGCAUAAGUUUCAGGUAAACGUGUGGCUUGAUGCUGUGUUCAGUGUAAAAUGGAGUACUUAAUCCCACAAAGGAGUUGAUGCAUUGUAAGGUUUCAGUGCUUGUAAAUGGAUGAGAAGUUUUAAGAUGACAGAUAUAUAGCUA